GCGGUCCUCUUAGGAGCUCAGCAAUGGUUUCGGAUGGAGUCUCACUCCUAUUCCUCAUCCUGGGCCAAGCCCUGGCGCUGCCAUUAGCCGCUCAGCUGUCGGAGGAAGAUGAGAAGGUUACUAAGUGCAUCACCGAAAUCCUAGCGGACACCCUCUCCAGAGCCAGCCCCAUCCCGGCGACCAGCGAAUGCAUGAAGAUCCUUAGGGAGGAUGAGAGAGUCCUCGCUAUGCUUCACCACCAACAUCUCCUGACAGAGCUGGAGAAACUUGCGCAUCAAGAAAAUGCGCAGCAUCGCCUGGGACAUGAAGGUAGCCGUGCUGCUUGGGAAGGAGAAGCUGAGGAGCAGGAAGAAGUAAAGAAGAGGGACGAUUCGCCCACCCAAGAGAGAGAAGCCGCCUCUGAGGAAAUGUGGGAGCAAAAUGGGGAAAGGAAGAAAGAGGAGCAGGAACUCAGGGAGUAUGAGAAGACGGAGAAGACUGAAGAGAAGGUGAAGGAAGAGAAGGUCUCCCAAGGAGAGGAUGACCAUGAGGCUUUGAAGAAGCAGGCCAAGGAGGUGAUGGAGGAGGAGAAGGAGGAGGAGGAGGAGGAAGUGAGGAAAAAGAAGAGGAGCUCCUCAGAGACCUGGUCUUCUAAGGAAUAUUUUGGUCACGUCAAGAAGAGAGGUCCCACUCCAAAGGUCAGGGAAGUGAUGCUUCAUGGAAAUCAAGAUGGAAGGAAGAGGAAUGGAUUGGCCAAGAGGCACUUUAGACUGGAGGAGGAAGAGGAAGAUGUCAGUUCUGAAGAGGAACCUAAAAAGUACCACCACAGAGGAGACAAUGAAGGCCGUCUCCACGAGGACUGGGAAGAAGAGAAGGAGGAAGAAGACAAGAAGAAGAAGAAGAAGAGGUCUGAUCUGGCCAAGCGAGUGGCCGAGAAGGCCAGUGAUGAGGAGACGGCCCAGUUUGAAGAGGAAGAGAAAGGGAUAAAGAUCUCCAACUCCCAGGCCCACCUCCAUGGAGGCUGGAAGCCGUGGCAGGAAGAGGAGGCAGAGGAGGAAGAGGGUGAGAUGAGGCACGGGCACCACCAUAAACCAGCUGGGCUGGACCUCAAGAAGAGACAUCAGAAAGAUGAGGCCUACCUGAAGGGCAGACAUCGUGGCCAUGAAGAGGAGGAGGAGGAGGAAGAAGACAGGGAGGCCGACCGGAAUGAGGUCGAGCAACUGGAGAAGCUGGAAGAGAUUGAGCGGGAGCUGAAGGCGGCGGCCGAGAAGCUGGAGGAGCUGAAGCGAGGGUAGACCCCGUCCUCCGUCCCGGGAGCUGGGUCGGGCCGGACAGGAGGUGGGCGGUGUCUCCGUUGACCCACCUUCCACCCAGUCCUCCUCCUCCUGCUGACACACACAAUCAGCCUCUGUAUAUAAUCUCUUUCUCUCUCCAGCUUGGCUUUGGACUGUUAACGGAGCUUUUCCUUGCUUUAAAAAAAGAAGCAGCUAUUCUCCACCCUACCAG